AAAUUUUUACGAUAAAAAAAAUGGCAUGUAUCCCUCCUCAGUCAUUCGUGUCUGCAGUGUAUAAUGUUCCUUCCAAGUCUACCACUCUCCCUUCUUCCCUGCAUCCAUUUUCACAAUCCCAAUCCACUAAAUAUAGAAAAUCAAAACACCAUCACACUCCUAGAGUGACAUGUAAUAGUGGAAACCAAAACAAAGGAGAAAAACCAGAUAUUCAUAUAGAACAAAGGAGGAACAUUCUACUUGGCCUAGGAGGGCUUUGUGGUGCUGCUACUCUUAACAACAACCCUUUUGCAUUUGCUGCGCCAAUAUCUCCUCCAGACCUAACCACAUGUGGUCCACCAGACCUACCUGAAGGUGCAGAACCCACAAAUUGUUGCCCCCCAUUUUCAUCCACCAUCAUAGAUUUCAAGUUUCCUCCUUCUAACAAACCUUUGCGUGUAAGACCAGCUGCACAUUUAGUUGACAAAAAUUAUCUAGCCAAAUACAAAAAAGCCAUUGACCUCAUGAAAAAACUCCCAGCUAACGAUCCACGCAAUUUCAUGCAACAAGCAAACGUGCACUGCGCUUAUUGCACUGGUUCAUAUGACCAAGUUGGGUUCCCUGGCCUUGAGCUCCAAGUGCACAGCUCUUGGCUCUUCUUUCCCUACCACCGAUGGUUCCUCUAUUUCUAUGAGAGAAUUUUGGGGAGCUUGAUCAAUGAUCCAACAUUUGCCCUUCCAUUUUGGAACUGGGAUGCUCCUAAGGGCAUGCAACUUCCUUCCAUUUAUGCAGACCCCAAAUCACCUCUUUAUGACCCUCUUCGCAAUGCGAAUCACCAACCUCCAACACUUGUGGACUUUGACUUCAAUCUUGACAAUCCUAUUUCCAAUGGAAGAAUCUCCACCAACCUCACCAUAAUGUAUAGGCAACUUGUGUCUAAUGGAAAAACUCCUACUUUGUUCCUUGGAAAUCCUUAUCGUGCCGGGGAUGCGCCUGACCCUGGCGGUGGCUCAGUAGAGGGCGUUCCACAUGGUCCGGUUCAUCUAUGGACAGGUGAUAUAAAUCAACCAAACAUUGAGAACAUGGGGGAUUUCUAUUCUGCUGCAAGAGAUCCUAUUUUCUAUUCUCACCAUUCCAAUGUUGAUAGGAUGUGGUCUAUAUGGAAAACACUUGGUGGGAAGAGAAGGGAUUUCACCGACUCAGAUUGGUUGGAAUCUGGGCUCCUCUUCUACGAUGAGAAUAAGAACCUUGUGCGUGUGAAGGUCAAGGAUUGUCUUGACACAAGAAAGCUAGGAUAUGUUUACCAAGAUGUUGAAAUUCCAUGGUUAAAAUCUAAGCCUUCACCGCGUAGGUCGAGGGUUCAAAAGGUAGCACUAGGACCACAUUUUAAUACUGGUGUAGCACGUGCUGCUGAGACUUCGAGGAAUGUUCAGUUCCCAUUGGUGUUGGAUUCAGUUGUGAGCAUAGUGGUGAAGAGGCCAAAAAAGUCGAGGAGCAAGAAGGAGAAGGAAGAGGAAGAGGAGGUUCUUGUGAUUGAAGGGGUUGAGUAUGACAGCAACAUACCAGUGAAAUUUGAUGUGCUUAUUAAUGAUGAAGAUGAUAAGCAGAUUCAGCCAGAAGAUUCGGAGUAUGCAGGAAGCUUUGUGACUGUGCCUCAUUCGCAUAAGCACAAAAAUAAGAAGAUUAUCACUUGUUUGAGGCUGGGACUGACAGAUUUGUUGGAAGAAUUGGAAGCAGAAGAUGAUGAUAGUGUUGUGGUGACGUUGGUUCCGAGGUAUGGGAAAGGGCGUGUCCAAAUUGGAGGCAUCAAGAUAGAUCUUGUUGCAGAUUAAAAAAUAUUUAUAUACUUCGACUGUUUAACCUCAUAAUAAUAUAUAUAUAUAUAUAUAUAUAUAUAUAUAUAUAUAUAUAUAUAUAUAAUGUAGUUUCUUGGAUUUGUGUUUGCUUUUAUAUGAAAAAUGUAGUUUUUGUUAUGUAUUUUCCAUGAGAAUCAUAAGAAUGUCGCUAAUUGAAGUGAAAGCAAUUUCUUGUGUGCUGUUGGUA